AUGUUCGCUCUUGUUAAACAGCAGGUUUUUUUCUCUUUCUUUCUUCUUUCUUUCUUUCACUAUUUAUCUUUAUUUAUUUUUAUUUCUUUAUUUCUUUGUAUUUCAUAUUUUCUUUCUUUCUCAUUCUAUUCUAUUCUUUCUUUCUUUCUUUCUUCUUUCUGUCUUUCAUUCUUUCACUAUUUAUCUUUCUUUCUGUCUUUCUUUCUUUCUUUCACUAUCUUUCUUUCUUUCGUUCUUUCACUUUUUCUUUCUUUAUUUCACUAUUUAUCUUUCUUUCUGUCUUUCUUUCUUUCACUAUUUAUCUUUCUUUCUUUCUUCUUUCUUUCUUUCUUUCUUUCUUCUUUCUGUCUUUCUUUCUUUCUCUAUUUAUCUUUCUUUCUUUUUUUUUUUUCUUUCACUUUUUAUCUUUCUUUCUUUCUUUCUUCUUUCUUUCUUUCUUUCUUUCUUUCUUCUUUCUGUCUUUCUUUCUUUCACUAUUUAUCUUUCUUUCUUUCUUCUUUCUUUCUUUCUUUCUUUCACUAUUUUCUUUCUUUCUUUCUGUCUUUCUUUCUUUCACUAUUUUUCUUUCUUUCUUUCUUUCUUUUUCUUUCUUUCUUUCUUUUUUCUUUCUUUCUUUCUUUCUUUCUUUCUUUCUUUCUUUCACUAUUUAUCUUUCUUUCUUUUUUCUUUCUUUCUUUCUUCUUUCUUUCUUUCUUUUAUCUUUCUUUCUUUCUUUCACUAUUUAUCUUUCUUUUCUUUCUUUUCUUUCACUUUCUUUUUCUUUUCUUUCUUUCUUUCACUUUUUAUUUCUUUCUUUUUUCUUUUCUUUCUUUUUCUUUUUCUUUCUUUCUUUCACUUUUAUUUUCUUUCUUUCUUUCUGUCUUUCUUUCUUUCACUAUUUAUCUUUCUUUCUUUUUUCUUUCUUUCUUUCUUUCACUAUUUAUCUUUCUUUCUUUCUUCUUUCUGUCUUUCUUUCUUUCACUAUUUAUCUUUCUUUCUUUCUGUUUUUUUCUUUCACUUUUUUUCUUUCUUUUUUCUUUUUGUCUUUCUUUUUUUCUUUUAUCUUUCUUUCUUUUUCUUUCUUUCUUUCUUUCUUUCUUUCUUUUUUCUUUCUUUCUUUCUUUCUUUUAUCUUUCUUCUUUCUGUCAUUCUUUCUUUCACUAUUUUUCUUUCUUUCUUUCACUUUCUUUCUUUCUUUCACUAUUUAUCUUUCUUUCUUUCUUCUUUCUGUCUUUCUUUCUUUCUUUCUUUCUUUCUUUCUUCUUUCUGUCUUUCUUUCUUUCUUCUUUCUGUCUUUCUUCCUUUCUUUCUUUCUUUCUUUCUUUCUUUCUUCUUUCUGUCUUUCUUUCUUUCACUAUUUAUCUUUCUUUCUGUCUUUCUUUCUUUCACUAUCUUUCUUUCUUUCACUUUCUUUCUUUCUUUCUUUCUUUCUUUCGAUAUUUAUCUUUCUUUCUGUCUCUCUUUCUUUCAUUAUCUUUCUUUCUUUCUCGUUUUUUCUUCGUUGGCCUCGAUUCAAAACAGAACAAUGGAAAUCAGACAUUUUCCGGAAUCGAACCAAAUCGUUUCUUAAAUCGAUCUUUCCUGUUCAUAUCUAUAUUCUUCGUUUUUCUUCCUUUACCUACUAAAAUCUUUUUUCUUUUUCUCUUGGGACUAACCCUACUUCAUUUUCGUCUCUUCUUCCUCCUUUUGUUUUUUUGUUUCUUCUUCUUCUUCUUCUUCUUCUUCUUCUUCUUCUUCUUCUUCUUCUUCUUCUAUGUGUCGUCCCCGCUCCUCUUUCUUUUCUUUUCAGAUCAUUGUAUUAUUCUGUCACUAUUCCAUUCUUUGGUCUUGUAA